GCCUCCGACUCCGAGAGCUCGAGGUGAUGCGAGCAACGGAGCCGCCCGCAAGCAAGAGCAAGCGACAUCUCACCACUCACACCUUCACCUCCUCGGCCGCCCAUGGCGACCAUCGCCGCGACUCUCUCCAUCUCCUUCAUCCCGUCUCCAGCUCGCUUCGCCGUCGUCGCCACCACCUCCGCCUUGUCAUCCUCGCGGGCAAAGCGACCCGCGCGGUUCAGGUGCUGCGCGGAGCCCUCUUCCCCAGAGCAGGAGAACCCCUCGACUCCGACUCCGGCCCCGCCCCAGCCGCCCGUGAACCUUCCAGCGUCGCCGUCGUCCCUGUGGGGCAUUUCCACGAGCACCUGGUCUGCGGGCGUCGCCGGUCUGGGGUUCCUGGAGACGGCUUACCUCAGCUAUCUCAAGCUGACGGGCUCCGAGGCGUUCUGCCCCAUUGGAGGCGGAGGCUGCGGCGACGUGCUCCAAAGCGACUACUCCGUCGUCUUUGGGAUUCCUCUUCCACUACUUGGUCUGGUGGCAUAUGGCUUGGUUUUAACACUUUCUCUUCAAGAAAAUGGGAAGAAGUUCCUCCCUGGAAUUGAUGAUCUAGAUAUUCGUUUAACAUUACUUCUGAUCUCUACUUCAAUGGCCACUGCGAGUGCUUAUUUCCUAUAUAUCCUAAGCACUAGAUUUAUUGGUACUUCUUGUUCAUACUGUUUGGCGUCCGCAUUUCUCUCCUUCACUUUAUUUUCCAUCAGAGUAAAGCAGGACUUUGGUUUGGAACGUGUCCAGAAGUUUGUUGGUCUUCAACUGGCAGUAGCAAUUAUUGUUGCCCUUGCUCUGACAAAUUCAUACAGUUCAGCUACAACCCAAUUAAAUGGCACAGAUGAUUUUGUCCUAGAGCCAUAUGAUACAGAGAUAACAACCGAAUCAACCCCAUUUGCUAUUGCACUUGCAAAACAUCUGCGCUCGAUUGGUGCUAAAAUGUAUGGAGCAUUCUGGUGUUCUCAUUGUAACGAACAAAAACAGAUUUUUGGUCGAGAAGCUACAAAAAUUCUGGAAUAUGUUGAAUGUUUUCCUAAUGGAGCUGGCAAGGGAAAGAAAAUGGCUGCUGAAUGUGCAGCUGCUGGUAUAGAAGGUUUUCCAACAUGGGUUAUCAAUGGCGAGGUUUUGGGGGGUGACCAGGAACUCUCCGUCCUCGCAGAAGAAUCAGGCUUUCCUGUUGAUGGAACCGAGCAACCUUAAGGCAUCUAACACAAGAACAAAUUCCACUGUAUUUAAGACGAGUAUUCUAUGGUUCUGGUGAAUCACUCAAAGGUUGUGAAGCCUGAAAACGGUAAUUUCGCACGACAUGCGGAGGGAAUGUGCGUUCCACGAUUGCACAAUAGUACAAGUGUACAACCACUAACCACUGUAACAAUUUAUUAAUCUGUAAAACCUGCUCUUGCCUCAUAUGGAGAACAUAGGAGAUGCCCAGAGGAGACUGAUGUAUAAUCUUUUUGUAGAGUCUGUAGAAUUUGGUGUAAAAUGUGAAAUCCUGCGAGGGUGAAUUGCUUCUCUUCAUCGGCACCUUGUGCAAUGUAUUCUUUGCAAUGUGAUAGUAGUAUUUGUACAGAAGUAUACUGUUCAGACCUCGGUCUUCUACCCUCCUAGGGCCUUUGAUUUGAAUG